AUAGUUACGAUUUCGCAAUCCAAAAAAUCGUUAGGUUCAUCGUCGUAAUUACAUCCAACUUCAAGCCCUAAUUUCCAAUUCCCCUAUUCUCACACUCACAAACACUGCAGAGCCUUCCCUUUAAAUUCAAUGUAUCCGUAUAAGGCGUACGAAAGCGAGUUGAUUUCGUUUUUGAUUCGUCUCUUCUCUACCCUGCCGCAGUUUCAAAUCAAAUCUUGAGAACAAAUCGAGAAAAACAACGCAAAUCUCGAAUUCCGAACUUAUCUAAUCGAGCUUUCAAGGUUUGUAAUUGCAAAAAUGGGGUCUAAACCAGUGGAGUAUUUAAUAGAGGCUUCAUCAGGGGCACACUUUUCUGGAUUUCACAUGAAUGGGAUGCAGGCAAGAAAUUCACAAUUACAGGAAGGGCAGGCAACAACUUCAGUGACAGAAAAUGUGCAUAAGCAACCUUUUAUUAUUGGGGUUGCUGGAGGUGCAGCAUCUGGGAAGACUACAGUUUGUGAUAUGAUUAUUGAGCAGCUUCAUGAUCAGCGUGUAGUACUUGUCAAUCAGGACUCAUUCUAUCAUAAUUUGACUCCUGAAGAACUUACAAGGGUCCAUGAGUAUAACUUUGAUCAUCCUGAUGCUUUUGAUAAUGAGAAGUUACUCUCAGUUGUGGAGAUGUUGAAGCAGUGGAAAGCAGUGGAUAUUCCAAAAUAUGACUUCAGAAGUUACAAGAACAACAUCUCUCGAAGGGUGAAUCCUUCAGAUGUGAUAAUUUUGGAAGGCAUACUGAUUUUUCAUGAUCCUCGUGUACGUGAUUUGAUGAACAUGAAGAUCUUUGUUGAUACAGAUGCUGAUGUACGCCUGGCAAGGAGAAUUAGGCGUGACACAGGUGAAAAGGGAAGAGAUAUUGGUAUGGUUCUUGAUCAGUACUCAAAGUUUGUGAAGCCUGCAUUUGAUGACUUCAUACUUCCAACAAAAAAGUAUGCUGACAUCAUCAUCCCUCGUGGAGGAGACAAUCAUGUAGCAAUUGAUUUAAUUGUCCAACAUAUUCGGACAAAACUUGGACAACAUGAUCUUUGUAAAAUAUAUCCUAAUUUAUAUGUCAUUCACUCAACUUUUCAGAUACGUGGCAUGCAUACACUGAUACGUGAUGCUCAAACAACAAAACAUGAUUUUGUGUUUUAUGCAGAUCGUUUGAUCCGUUUGGUGGUGGAGCAUGGUUUGGGACAUUUACCAUUUACAGAAAAGCAGGUGAUAACUCCAACCGGAUCUGUAUACACAGGUGUAGAUUUUUGUAAGAGAUUAUGUGGUGUUUCUGUUAUUAGAAGUGGUGAGAGUAUGGAAAAUGCAUUGAGAGCAUGUUGUAAAGGUAUCAAGAUCGGAAAGAUUCUUAUUCAUAGAGAAGGUGACAAUGGGCAACAGUUAAUAUAUGAAAAACUGCCACAAGACAUAUCUGAUAGGCACGUGUUGCUGUUGGAUCCUAUACUCGGAACAGGUAAUUCAGCUGUUCAGGCAAUUUCUUUGCUUUUAAAGAAAGGUGUACCAGAGGCCAACAUCAUAUUCCUGAAUUUGAUAUCUGCACCACAAGGAGUGCAUGUAGUGUGCAAGCAGUUUCCAAGGAUAAAGAUAGUGACAUCAGAGAUAGAGACAGGGUUGAAUGAUGAGUUCCGUGUGCUUCCUGGAAUGGGAGAGUUUGGAGACAGAUAUUUUGGGACAGAUGAUGAAUGAAGAAGAUGUCAUUGAAUUAUUUUCUGGUUUUGAGAUCAUAUCGUUUUUGGGUUCCUUGACAUAUGUGGUGUUACAGUAAUUGUGAUUGUUUGUUUGUGAGUUCACUUGGCAUAAUGGAUGGAUGGAUGGAUGGGUUCGAUAAUCAUAAAUCAUCAUAUGUUAGUUAUAA